GCAAUGGACUUGUUCUAGACAAAUGGUAUCAUAUAGGUUAUACAAUUUCAGAAGAUAAGAGGAUGACAUUCUAUAUAGAUGGCGUUAAAGUUGGAUUUCAUAAUACUGAGUCAAAUAUCGUAUUUAACAAAGACUCGUUGAAAAUUGGAGGUACAAAUUUCAAGGGGCAAAUGAG